AAAAUCCCUCUAGCCUUCUAAACAGUGCCCAAAUACAAGCAUGUCAUCAGAUGUUCUAAGGCCUGAGGAAGGGGGAGGCGAGUCAGUAGUCGCCACGGGUCAGGAUUCGGACAAAUGGUUGACCGCCCACAACGACCCGGUCGCGGGUCUGAACACGUUUAGUUCGUGUAUGGCGCUUGCAGAUCUCAGCGCCGACGGAGAAAUUAAACUUAUCAUUGCAGACCUGGGCUCAGGGACACAUAACAUGAAACUCAAGGUUUACAAAGGGACGCAGCUGAGCUCAGAGAACACUCUUAUUGACAUGCCCACGGGGGUCAUAACUUUCCAUAUGGACACAACUGAGCCGCAACUGCCAGCUGUUGCAGUGGCAUCUGGCAGCUAUAUAUACAUCUAUAAAAAUCUGCGUCCAUAUUUCAAGUUCACAUUACCAACGCUGGAAGUGAACCCUCUUGAGUACGACGCUUGGAACCAGGCUCGGGAUGAUCUUCUUGACGUAAGUCUGCUGUACGAGAUUCUGGACUCUCUGCGUCACGAGGUUGGCGAGUGCGGACUGACGACGCGGUCCCAGCGAUUCCUGAUGUGUCCUGACCACCAGAGCCAGCAGAACUUCCUGGACCAGCACAAGGGGUUCUUGCUUAAACGACAGACCGUCGUCACGGCCAUAGCGACGUUGAAGAAAAGUUACGCGGAGGAGGAGGCCAUUUCCUGCCUCGUGCUAGGCACCGAGAGCGCUAACGUCUUCAUUCUGGACCCCGAGGCGUUCACUAUUCUCAACAGCGUGAGCCUGCCGAGUGUGGCCGUAUUUCUGUCAGUUUUCGGGCUGUACGACGUCGAAUAUCGAAUCAUCGUAGCUUGCCGCAACGGCCACGUCUACACCCUCAAACGCGGCGUCAAAGUCGGCAGGCCGACCAUCGAGCUCAACUCACAGGCUGUCGGUCUAGUCAGGCGAGAUAAAAAUAUCUUCGUGGCAACCAUGGAUCGAAAUCUACAUUGCUUCUCUAAUAAGGGCAAACGUCUGUGGACGCAACAAAUGGAUAGCGUCAUCUCGUGUCUCGAGCUCAUCGAAAUCAAGUCUCUGAACCUGAGACUCGUGGCAGUGGCGCUGGAAGACAGAAGG